UUGUUUCGAUAUGGCAACACUCUGAGUAACGCUACCCGCCAUUGUUUGUUAGAUUUGUUUAAUUUCGCAAUUUUGUACCUUGAAAUUAUUUCAAACACUUAAUUUAUUUUAAUUUAGUAAACUAAAAUGUCGAAAGCUCAUCCCCCGGAAUUGAAAAAAUUCAUGGAUAAGAAGUUGUCUAUAAAACUAAACGCCGGUCGCGCCGUGACUGGCGUGCUUCGUGGGUUUGAUCCAUUUAUGAAUCUAGUACUUGAUGAAUCUGUCGAAGAGUGCAAGGAUGGUCAGCGCACCAACAUUGGCAUGGUGGUCAUUAGAGGGAACAGUAUAAUAAUGUUGGAGUCACUAGAUAGAAUAUAGAAUUAUUGUAAUUAGUUUUAUAAGAUUAAUUUACAGUGUGUCAGUGUGAGUUCUAAAGAAUACGGAACUGUAAAUGUUAAUAAGAUAUAAUUAUAAAACUUAUUUUUUGGUCAAAAACAUUUUGUAAAAAAAUGCAUCAACUAAGUAUUUAUAUAUGUUUACUACAUGAAACUUGGUAAACACCAUCAUAUCUAAUACAUCCAAGUUGUAUUACAUUUUUCUUUCAUUUCA